AUGAAAAAUGUAUUUGGAGCAACGUUAGCUUCCGUUAAAAAGUAUAAAACUCAAGAUUCUUCUCCAACAGACAAUGUGACAAUUAUUGUCAAGAUAGGAAUGUUAUCUAUUGCUCAGAAUCUCAAACAAGUAAGUCUUGCUAGGAAAGAUGUUUCUGUUGUUGACAAAAUUAAGAAGAAUUAUAAAAUUAACUGCUGCUGCAUACUGAUAACUUUAGAUGACUUCAUUUCAUCAAACUCACGACAAUGA